AGAUGAUGAAUGCACAGCUAGGUGGGAGAAAAUUAAAUUUUUGUUUGACCGCUACCUGCAUAACUAUUGCAUGCUGGUGUCUUGGACUUGGAAGGUCGUUUUGCAACGUACUGUUACGUAAGAAGAAUAAAAGGAGACACAAGAUGACGUCCAUACUUGCAGGACGGCCCCUGCGGAAGCACACUGUGAGUCCGCUUUCUGCAGACCGCAGAACGAGGAGUCUUACCGCUUCUCACUCCAGCACCUCGUCCCUUACGCUAGUACUAGUGGUUUUUCAUCUCGUAGUCCUUCUUCAUCUCGCGGCCGGGGUCGCGGGGCUCGAUGUGCAGGACCACACACGAAUACACUCUGGGGACAAAAUUGCCGUCUGGGAAGCGGAGGACUCCGGGAAAAAACACGAAACCUCCUGGUCGACGCCGGCGACGAGGCGAUUGCGUCAGGAGAAGGAACAAGAACUACCCGCGCAGGAGCCGAGCAGCGCGAGCAGACCGGUGUCGUCCCCCGUGGUGGAGCGCUACAAGACCAAGAUGGAGGAGGCCGCGAGCUACAAUUCCGCCCAGUACCUACUGGAGGCGAAUGGCCGGGGCGAGGCUGUAGUGUCCAGUGCGGCACACGACGACAGCACCGGCGGCCAGAACCGGCCGCGGAUGGCCGAAAGAAGAAACCGUCGCACUGGCAACGCCGCGCCAGCCGCUUCCUUGAGUGACAGCGCCGGUCCCGCAACAGGCAUGAUGUCACAUCCGGCAGCGAAGGCGAAGCUGAAGAGCGCCGAACUAGUACAAUCGGCAAACAGUUCUCCGGGUAGGAGCCCACGGACGUCAGGAAACACAAAUAGCACAAGAUCAAGAUCUUCUAUGGCUCCCUACAAUGGCCGUGGUGGCUCGGGUCCUGCAGAAAGAACUGGCGGCGAACCAAACAGAAGAUACACAGAAGGGCUGCAGCGGGAACGAGCUGGUGUCGUGAGCGCUGCGCAGGGGGUCCUCCGGGACGCGCGGAGAUCCAGCAGAGCCCGGUCGAAGACAAUCGCAAUUGCUGGAUCCAACAUAAAAACCGCUGGUGAAGAUUUGAAUGUCAAAGCGGUCACCGCAUCUAGCGAGCAUAGAGGCCUAAUAUCCUCUGCGAAAGUAUCGUACUCGUAGUGAAAAUAAAGAAAACGAUACGUAACUGUAGGUAUGCACCAUGACUCUCUUCCUGGUUCGUAUGGAAAACCAGCAUGGCAAAAUCCUAAUCCAGUUUUCCUGUUAGAAAAAUUAGCUGUCAUGCGAUGCGCAUACACUAGUAUGAUACACUUGUAGCUAUGCAUGCACAUCACCAGCCGCCAACUUGAUCGACGGCAAAAUCGACACGCUCGCACACACCGGAGAUCAUACGGCUGCAACUGCCGAUGAUACUAAUGGUGGCGUGGGACAGAAGUGCCCCUGGUUUCAAGUGGACUUGGGCGCCACGAUGACUGUGGACCAGGUUCAGGUCAUCGGUUUUUUAUUCUCUGCCAGCUGGAGUUAGUGUGCAUCUUCUUGGUCUUCGUGCUACUAAGAAAGAACCAGAUGGCGGCCACUGUCUUUGUGCUUUUUGUUGCAGAUCCACUUACUAAAAAUGUCAAGGCCGAAGAGGUUACUAACGACCACGAAAGAGUGUUCAAGUUUAUCAUUUUCAAAAAUAAAGGUAAAGCUUACCGCGGACUUGACUGUUUGGAGGAUGCGGCGGCUCUUACUCAAGGAUCCGAUGUUGGACACCGGUGGAGUUGGUGUUGACUUCACCGCAACAGAUAUGGCGGGUGGAACAAGAUUAAAAAAAAUCGCAGAGAGAAUGGUCGUCGAAAGAAGGCAGACAUCGGAAUACUUACUAGGAGUAUUCGCUGUUGUUGGGAGCGAAGGGUUAGAGUUGUCCUCAUGUGUGAUCGGUAGAAAAGUCCUGUAGUUCGUCCACAAAUUGGCAGAUUGUGCACAGCAAAUUUACAAAUGGCAAAUGAUGAAGCUAAAGUUAGUGGAAUUUUAGGUUUGCAACGGUUUUAUUCAAGUUUCUUUCUAGCGAUCGCGACUGGGUUUGCAAUUGUGUCGAGGACAGCAAGCCAAACACAAGACAUGGUCCUACUCGCACGGUUUUCACCAAUCAACAGUAGAGCUCGAGAAGGACGCGCUUCUUCUAGCUACGCGAGCUGCAAGAACUACGCCCACUUUUCCAAAUUUGCACUUAUCUGCGUGCCUUUGUUGAACUGGCAUAACUGCUUCGCGGACGCUUUGCAGAACACCGGCAACAAUGCUUUUGAUGCGGCAAAAGUCGACGCGAAUGGAGACAGCGACGCUAUUGCCGAGACCGGAGGUACAGGAGGUCUCUCGGGGCGGGGGGAUGACAAUCCGGAGCCGAAAAGGUGCAUAUUUGUCGUAAUCGUACUCCGUGAUACUCUUCGAGAACAUUACAUACAAGACGAGUAUUACGUAGGGCGCAAUGCCAAUGAGAAGAUGGCCUAAUACUGCUCAUAAAAAGUACCUCUAAUAAGCAUCACCGACCAACUACAGGUACCGUCUCCGUGGCACGAAAAGAAUGCAGGAACUGGCAGCGCGCAAGUUAGCGGCGGAACAAGCUGCCGCCGCAGCCGCGUCUUUCUUCGAAACUAGGAAGGAGACGAAUUUGAAUUCGCUCGCUUCCGCUUCUGAGUCGGGGGUGACCAGGAGCACAAUGAAAGAAAAGGAGAACGCGGAAGCGUCGGCGAGUCGAGCGGAGCUGAUGGACAAGAGCAGCACUGCUGAGCACCAGCAGCAGAUGAAGCAGGAUGCGCCCAAACUAAACCCGUUGCAGGUGGUUGCGAGACGGCCAGACACGGAACACGCAGAGGAAGUAGAAAGAAUACUGCAGGACCACCCGGGCCUCAGAGGAGAAAAAUUGAAGAACGGAACACCUCUGGCCGACGUGAUGCUUGGUUUGCAAAACGGGGCGGAGAAAAUGGAUCAGAAGUUCGCCGAUUACAACAAUCGAGCAAGGGGGGCACCAGCGGAGGGCUUGGAGAGAAAAAACGAUCAGAGGCAGGAGACGGAGGAAGGCCACGACCACAAAGAUGGCACAAGUAAAUUGACGGACGUGGAAAUAGCACAUCACCAAAAGUUAGAACUCGAAGCAUUGGUGCAAGCAGGCGGGGAGCGGGCCGAGAAAGUGAGGAACGGCUUCCACGGAGGCUUGGCGCCGGGUCUGCAGCCCGAUAGCCGAAGCAAGGAGGGGCAGUUUGGGGUUUCCGAUGGAUUAAGUUUGCGGAGUUUGAUUCCACAUGUACAUGUAGAAGAUUAACAAGACGAGCCAUGUCCUUGGGCGCUAGAGGUUGGUGCAGCAGCGCGACCUCGCGAGAAACUCACUUUGUCCGAAAAUCCAGAUAUUGUCCAGCGCUAUUUAUUUGCAUCGAACAUUCGUAGGUUUCUUCGUUUCAGACGGAGGUGCCUAUGCUGUGAGAUGGAAAAAAAGGUACAAG